AUGUCAGUGUUCGUGAUUUUAAAGGUAAAAGUCCUAAUUGAUAUUAGAGAAUACUGGAUGGAUCAAGAAGGUGAGAUGAAACCUGGCAGAAAAGGUAUCUCUCUAAAUCCAGAACAGUGGAGCCAGCUGAAGGAACAGAUUACUGAUAUUGAUGAAGCA